AUGAAUACAAACUCAAAUCAAGAAGGAUUAGAAAACCUCAGCCUUAAUGAAUUCCAUCAAUGGUGUGUUGAAAAUCCUGGUGUCGUCCCAGAUGCGGUACUUAAAUAUCGAGCAAAUCAAGAAGUUUUAUAUCUACAUUUUUUAGCCAGAUCAGGGUCUACUUAUGCAGCAGCCGUUGAUGCUAGAAAAUCUAACUUGACAAAAGCUCCCGUCCAGAGUAUCAUAGAAGCUUGGAGCAAUAAGACGGAAGAAAUUGAUGCUUUACCAAGACUUUCUGAAGCUGAGUUAUUACAAUUAAGAGAAAUCAUUGAAAGUCACAAUGAUUCAGUUGAAAUGAUUGAAAGAUUUAGAGCAGCUAGAACAGCCCUUGAUAAAGACAUAUUUUUAUUAAUGUUCUCAUAUGCCACAUUAGAUACUCCAUUUAAUAUUACUAUUAGGGUACGUGACAGAUAG